AUGUUCAGCCAUGACUGGCAAGAACUGGAACAAGAAGAAGCAAGCCAGAGGCCUUCUUCAAACCGCCUUGCAUUGGACUCGUAUGAUUACGGGCCCUUUGCCAAACAUUUCCUUGAACGAAGCAAGGAAAUUAACGGGUCUAAUGUACAUAAGGAUUCCAUUGAGAAGCAGCAAGGUUCUGCACCGUUCAACGCGCGCAAUGCCCCAUCCCCUAUGCAGCCACUUCCUGGGCAUCAGCAGCAGUGGUCCCGCCAGGGCCAAUCAGAUGUUUGGGUGUCGAAUGUAGAUCUCCGUACAAGGUCGGUGCGAUGCAUGAACGUGUCAGAGUGCGGUAAUUACUUGUUGAUUGCUUACAAUCUGGGGAGUGCAGAGAUUUGGGAGUAUGCAGCUACCCCAACUCUAUCAGACGGACCGAGUCUGCGUUUCGACAGUUCGAUAUCGAUGAACACUCCGGAACUGAUUGAGCUUGCAUCGUCUUGCGCCGUGGUGGCAUUCAGCAACAGGCAGAAGGAAGAGAUCAUUCAUGUCUUGAUCGGAUCCGAAUUUAUGGGGAGGAUUUCGAUCUGGGAGAAGAAAUUGAAGAGCCAGAGUCCUUGGGCACUCAAGGAAAUUCUAGGAGGACAUCGCAAAAAGGUUAUCUUUGAGGGAUCUGCCCAGUUUGUCCCAUGCGAUGGCUCUGCUGCGUCAGAAGUCGCAAGUGUGAAAGAGAAGUUCAAUUCAGGCGUGCAAUCUUGCAAGAGGAGAUUCGAAUGUUGGUCUCUUGUGGCUGUUCUGAUUCACCAAUCACCUAUGGCUCGAACUCAACAUGUGCGGUCAGAUUGCUUCAGGGAUGUGCCCAACGGCAAAGGGAAGGUCGUUCCGUACGUGGUUUGCUUCACUCAAGACGGAAACGCUGUUAUCUGGAGAUCUCAGAAAUCUGUCAGAGGAACGGAAUCUAUCCUUGCUUGGAAAGUUGUCGAGCGUGUAUGUUACGAUGUUGGAGGGAGUGGUCGAAAGGAUGGUUGUGUGUUGCAAAUGAAUCCAAGCAAUAGUUCGCAUUUUCUGGUGGCGAAUGAGAAGGGUGUCGAGGUUCUAGAACUGCCACAAUCUUCAGAUUUUGGUAACCCGACGACUGAUGCUUCAGGGUUGAUGCAUGUCCGAAAUUUGUGCAUCAACAAUAGCCAGAAGGGAGGCAACUCUUUAUUGCUGUUCUCCAAUUGCGGAAAGAUCCUUGCUGCGAUUCAUGGACUUGUCGAUGUGAAACUCUGGAAUGGUUGUGAUUCAUCUGUACAACCGUACAAAGAAGGCGGAUCAUUUAGUUUUAGUCCAGGAGGGGGUGAGAGGGUAAGCUCGGCAUGCUUUCUUAACGGAGCAGCUCUUGAUGAUGGUUUCAAGUGGUUGUUGGUUGCUCUGGAUUCCGGUGUGAUGGUGAGCAUGAAAUGCUACGGGGCCAAGAAGCAGAGCACUUUCAGUAACCUCUCCGACAGUGCGGCAACUUCACAUCUUUCUUCUUCAUUCCAUGACUUGCGCACGAGCUCAAAUAGCAUCCAGAGGGCCUCGCAGCCCAAGGAAGCUUCCGGAUAUCGCGGCGUAAGCAGAAGCGAUUCUUCUCCAGAGCUGUGGGAGAUGCAGACCUUGCAGGACGAGUCGCUGAUUUGCAGUGGUCGGUUCGCGAGUGCCUUGGAAGCAGCCAACACCUGGGACAGGACGCUGCUCGACAGAUACACCGACAAGUCUGUUGCAUCCAUUCUGAAUAGAGACCUUGAGAGUCACGGGAGAUCGCUCCGGGGAAAAGUUGACUUGAAGAACGCACAGUCAGGGCUGGAAGGUUUGAUCGAGGACUCCUGGUUCGAUGUGGAACCGUCCUCUAUGCUGGAAGGGCAUCCAAGGUUGAACUUCUUGGGAUUCACAGACAUUUGGAAUGCAGGGCCAAAGGUUGGAGACCUCGUUCUUGCUGCAAGCUUCGGCAUCGACAGCAAUGCGUUCUUGGAUGCAGAAGUCUUGGAGAUUAGACGCAAGGACAUGGCAGAUGCUGGGGACGUUCAGCUAGGAGCUUCGGGCAAGUUUGCUGUGAAGGCGAGCAACAGGUCUCAGCAGCAAGCUGGAGGUGUGCUGGAGGCAGGGUCUGUACAGAUGCAUGCAGAGCGGAGAGAGAAGACGAGGACAAGCGAGUGCGACGACAUUGAGUUCAAGGUACAGUACAUGCAUGGUGGUCGGGCCGGGAACUGCGCCUGGUUGAAAUUCCAUCACCUCUUUCAAAUCUCCUCGAGGCCUGCCUUCGACACUUUGCAGGGCCUCGACCUGAGCGCAUUCCAAAGGAAGCAGGGCAGUUACACCCGAGACGCGAGCAAGGCAGAGCUUGUCUGUCUGUGUGAUGGUGUUUCCAUGCGCAGCUUCUACCCUCCUCGCCAGGUCCUCCCCUCCUACAUCGCUGCUGAAGCCGGGCAUGUCAACACUCGACCGCAUCCUCUGUACGAGCCGAGCUCCAGCAGCCAGAGAGUCGGAGUGGAGCCAGCAGCGGCUGCUCGCUCCCACCUUCCCCUGACGCUGGACGCGAUCGUCGAGAGAUCCAAGGAUCGAGGGGCAUCGAAUCGAUUCACAGCUGAGGUGGACGAGGAGGCCAGGAGCAGCGCAAAGAUCUCUUUCUCCUUCCUGCUGGACGCCAGCCAGCGGCUGCUGAAUGAGGGUGGCAGCAGCAGCUCUAAGGAGUCGGAAAGGGCGGAGACGUCGGAAGAUCGAGCAUGCAAGUCACUGUCAGAUAGCUCGAAGGGGGCGGAGCAUUAUGCAGACCGAUGGGUCCUGGCAAAUAACAGCAAGGGAUACGUCGUGUUCUGCAAGGACCGUGACGACGACAAGAAGCGGCACUGCGGAAUUCUCGUGCAGGAGUUGUCGGACGACUCCAACCCCACGCUGCGGGUGCUUUGCAAGCAUGGCUGCGUCUCCCUUCCGCAGUUCGCCAGGCUCUGCGGGCGGAUAACGAAGCAUCCCAAGACGUACAUCAGAGUGUUCAAGUUCGGCUCUGCCUCCCUCUACAACCUCGAGAAGGACGACAACACGCGGCAGGUCUACCGCGGCAUCGCGCAGGUUCGGAGGGACGAGAAGGCGGAGGCAAGAGCGCCGGACGCCUGCUUCUACGAGUACCUGGAGAGGUUCGAGGAUGAGGCGGAGCUGUGCCAGGAGGUGGAGUCUGGCGUUGCGUUAGGAGGCAAGCAAAGUCAUGUGGGCAGGCAGAAUCCGGUCAAGAAUCCCACUGCCCGACAGCAGGAGACGAAGGCUGGAGCUUCUGUAAAUGUGCAGGAGGCAGCGAUCCCAGUCUCGGACCUUAUGGAAGUGGAGGUUGAAGUGGUCGAGGAGGAUCAGGUCAAAUCUGCUGACUCUCGAGCCAAGUCAGUCAGGUCAGUCAAGGUUCGAGGGAAGGAGUCAGAGGAAGCGGCUGCGGUCGGCAAGAUCGCCGCCGCUGCCGACAAGUCGACCCGCCGGAUGAAAAGGAACCCAGAGAGGCCGGAAGCUCCGAACGUACAGACGAGGAACAAGAGGACUCGGUCAGGGGUGGAGGCUGAAGGGAAGGGAGCGGCAGAAGAAGGGACGAUCCAGGACGGUGACCGGGAGGCUGCGCCGGUCAAGGGUUGGAACACUGCGAGCGUGCCAGACAGUCUGCUCCAGCAGCACAACCUUGCAACAAGGUCUCCUAGCAAGAGGAUGCGGGCUCCUGAGAAAACCUCUGUGCAAGGGUCAAGGGAGGAGGGAGACGAGUGGAAACUGGAAUUUGCGCUCGACACCGACCAUCUCGUCACCAGCGCUGCUGCUGUCUCCAUCAAGCUCUGCAGUGCCCUCAAGGCCAGGGCCUUCAAGGAGCAGUUCCGACCGAAAGCUGUCCGAGACAAGUGGCUGUCAGCGGUUGCAAACGCCACCCUCCCCGAGCUCAAGUCACUCAUCAUGGACCUCGAAAGAUUUAUUCUCCCCUCCGUGUGGGAUGGAGUCUACCCACUGCAGGUGAGAGGAAGGCUCAUAGCAGCGCUGGCGGAUGCCGACGAUCGUCGACUGCAGCAGGCGCUGGCAGUGAUAGCACAGCACAUCUGCCCGACCAUGUUCGUUGCGUUCCCCUUCUCCUCCGCGUCCAACAAGCACUUCUGGAGGAGCCACGACGAGUGCUCAUCUGCCUUCGUCUCCUUCCACCGCAAGAAGACCCAGGAGGAGAAGCAGGAGGAGCAGGGUAUGGAGGCGUGCGAUCAGCAGAACGAGUAG